CAAAUGUUAUUAAGAUUCUUGGUGUGAGUGAGAUUAUCGAUAAAUCAAAAAAGGUGCUUAAAGCAAUGUCGUGUUACCAUUCGCACGAAAUGAUGCAACAAGGGAACAAUUAGAGACAGAAGUAAUCACACAACUCGUUGCAAUGUCUGCAUAUCAGAUAACUGAUAAAGCGUAAUUUUGUUAAUUUAUACAAAGAUCACUUUUUGUGACUUGUACAUAAUUAAUUGUACUUUGUUGUGGAGAUGAUUUGCAGGAAAACAAAGGGUGAGAUCUUGUUAUCAAAUAUGUUAGCUAAUUCACCAGCACUUCUUCUCAGGGUUUCAUCAGAUAAGCUUAUAUUUAACAGUAAGUGUACUUAAGUUUUUGUUAAUCAGUCAAGGAGAGAAAAUCUGAUUUCAAUCACUGAUAAGAAAUUAAACAAAGAGUGGAGAAGUACGAAAUUUUUUGUCAUUUGAACAUCAAUUGGACAAGUUGACAUAUUAAGUUGAUGAAGAAUUGUUUUAUACAUUCUCAACAAAGUGAUGUCAUCAUUUAUUGCGUGGUUAUUUGUGUUUCCCUUAAUCAGCUCUGCUCCUAUGCCAACAUACAGAAAAGGAUUUUUAAACGUCGCCCAAGAUUACAAAGGUCGUCAAGUCGUUGAAAUCAAAUAUGAAGAGUAUCCUAGCAACGCUACUGUCAACAAUAGAGACAUUGUAGACCAGCCAGCAACGGAGUCUGGGGAUGAAAAAUUAAUUUGUGGACCGAUAGGAGUUUAUGAGUUAUGUUGUCCAAAUUAUAAAUUCGAGUAUGCAGGAACAUAUGAGACAAUCUGCAUCGAGAAGUGUAAACUUGAUCGCGAGUUUUGCUCCCUCGAUGUUGUAGAGGAGUGUUAUAAGAGUAAACACAGAGCGAAACGACUGGGGGAUAUCUGUAGAAGACAGACUGAAUAUGGUUUUAAAAGGUUACUAAUUUAACAGGUUUUAACAAGAUUUCUUACAUGGAAUGGGCGGAUUACUUGAUAUAUUACUAGUAUGAAAAUUGACGCAAACAAACGAGGUUC